AACACCCCCAUAGAUACCUACGACACGUCUGCGCGAUUACGGGAGCAGGAAAAGGAAAAGCCCUAACAGAUCGAUCUAUCGAUUCACCUCCGACUAAAUUCAGCAAUGGCGGCGAUCCGAUGUGCUGCUGCUGGCAUCGCGCUCCUCCGGCGAGCAGCGGCCGGCGGCCAGCGGGGACCGCUCCAGCAGAUCAUCUCCUCGCUGCGGCCUCGGGGGAUUCACAGCCUGCUCGACCGCCCCCUCGGCGCCGGCGCCCUGCCCUCGCCGACGCCGUCCAUGGGACCAGCUCGCUGCGUCGUCCCGUCCAACAGAUACAUGAGCACCAGCCUCCUCCAGCCGAAGGGACGCAGUGCGGCAACGAAGGAGCCUAGCGCCAAGGUUGCAUGGUAUAGACGGAUGUGGCGGCCUCGUGAGACCGAAGGUGAAGGGGGCGAGUUCAGGCUCUGUGUGCUAACGCUCACGGCAACAUUGAUGUAUGAUGCUUGGGAUUCUUACGAUGAGUUUGAAAGCCGUUUCGGCGAAUUUUCGAAGUGCGAGUUUUCGCGGGAGCAUAUUUCCCAAUUCCCAACAGCUGCUUGGUCGGUACUGGACAAGACCCGUGACUCCAUGCUGGAAAGAAAGCCCCCAAGUUCAGCCUGAGGAAACACUUUGACACUUGUCAUACUACUAGUAAUUUUUUUGUACAUGCUUUGGAGGACUUCAGAUUGAUAUAUAUGUCCACAGACUUUUACACAAAAAUGUAAAGGCCCUUAGAUCAGAAAACUCUGUGUGUGCUGAGUGCAUAUGCUUCCUUUUCAAAAAAUAAC